UGUUUCUACUUCUUCUUAAUUAUGCCUUCUUAGAUUAAAUUAUUAUUUUUUUUUUAUCUCCUUCCAAAUUACAACGAAACAUGGAAAUCUCUUCAUAGAUGGAGUCUGUGAGCCUUGCAGACGAAAACGAAAAAUCAACUUUCAAAAAGAAAAUAUUUACAUUUCCGUCAUGGCGUGGGAUCUAAAAACUGAUGAAGAGGUGAAACAGUACUUGGACAAUUUAGGAACUGAGUACAGGUUUGGAUGUUUGAGCGAAAAGAAACCGGAAGUAUGUCACCUUCUGGGAGAUUUCAUGGAAAGCAUCAAAAAAGAUUUCAACAAAGCAGCUUCAUUGUACAGAUCUACAUGUGAUGACUACCAAUUCAGCCGCAGCUGCCAUAAAUUUGCUUCUUAUGCUUUAACUGGUAAAGGUGGUCCUGCAGACCCAUCAAAAGCAUUUGAUUACUUUAAGAAAGGGUGCAAUUUUGGAGAUGCAGAUUCUUGUCUGUAUGCUGGCCUUAUGUGUACAGCCAACAAUGAAAAAAUUAAAGUUAAACUAGAUUACCCACAAGGAAUGGGAUUUCUGAACCAGUCGUGUGAGAAGGGGAACCACAAUGGCUGCUACUAUCUUAGUGGCAUGUAUUUGACUGGUGUACCUGAAGUUUUAGAAAAAAACAUGACCUCUGCCUUCAAUUACAGCAUAAAGGCUUGUGAUCUUGGUAAUAUAUAUGCUUGUGCCAAUGUUAGCAGAAUGUACACUAAAGGUGAUGGAGUAGAGCCGAAUGCUGAAAUUGCAUUACAAUUUAAGAAAAAGGUUUUUGAAAUGGAAAAAGAGCUGAGAGGUCAGUUUAAACCUAUUGAAAUGGAAAGAGGAGCCUAAGAUGUUCAAUUUGUGUUGAUUGUAAAAAAAUAAUAAUAAUAUAGUUUAACGAAAUGUAUUCGUACUCGUCCUGAACAUUACUAUUAAAUUACUUUUAAAAACCCGAGGAAAUAAUCAAUAACGUAACUAGAAAAAAGAAAUAAAAAAUUUUUUUAUGAAG